AAGAUUAAAUAUCGAUAACACCUGGUCACACUGAGAAGCACUAUAAUCUCGUCUAUUAUUGUUUUUUUUAUGUUGCGCAUUGGAUAUCUAAGUCUACUGAAAAAGACAAAGAAACCAGCAUUUAAAGAUGCCUCGCCUGGUUAAUGGACGGGAGGCCGCACCCACCUACUCGAAUUUGGUUGGCUUCAUUUUUAUAUUUAAUCUUAUCGUUGGAACCGGAGCUCUAACCUUGCCGGGUGUGUUCGCCAAGGCAGGAUGGGUGCUAAGCCUCAUAGUAAUUGUACUGCUGGCCAUUAUAAGUUACAUGACCGUCACAUUUAUCAUCGAAGCAAUGGCUUGCGCCAAUGCUAUCAGGAAUUGGCAAACUCUACAGGCUCUACGACAAAGCAGAAGUUCAACGGAAAAUAGCGAGAACGACGAUAAUGCUGAUGAAGUCUCAAUUGCAUCCGGAGACCAACGAGGAGAUUUCGAGCGGGUACCGCUGACCAUCCAGAACAGGGAGUUUCACUAUUAUCAGCUUUCCCACAAGUUCGAAUUGGGUGAAAUGGCCACGCUCUUUUUCAACGAGUUCGGUCGAACAAUGUUUUAUCUGUGCUUGAUAGUAUAUCUAUAUGGAGAUCUAAGCAUAUAUUCUGCCGCCGUGGCAAGAAGUCUUCGAGAUGUUGUAUGUGAACAUCAAAAUGGCACGGAUUUGAAUAGCUUGAUGUACUUGGCAGGAGAUUCUCAAAACAAUACAUCCACUCCAUGCUGGAAGGAGCACACUAUUUCUCGCCUGAGCAUGUACAGAGUGUUUUUAAUUGGAUUCACUCUGAUCUUUGGUCCCUUUGCUGCUUUCAAUGUUCAAAAGACCAAGUACUUACAAAUGCUCACGGCGGUCUUUCGUUGGCUGGCCUUUACACUGAUGAUUUGCAUAUCGUUGAAACUACUGUUUACCACAGGUGCCAAAGGCCAUCCUGCCACGUUUAACGUUUACGGUAUUCCUUCGCUUUUUGGAGCUUGUGUUUACUCGUUUAUGUGCCACCAUUCCUUGCCCAGCUUGCUGGCACCCCUUAAGCACAAAUCGAAGGUUUCGAAAAUACUCUCCCUGGACUAUAUCAUUAUUUGUGCAUUUUAUAUUUUACUAGCCAUGACUGGUAUUUUUGCAUUUGAGAGAAUCGAAGACCUAUACACAUUGGAUUUUCUACCCUACGAUUUGAAGUACAUUGACUUUUGGUCAGGCCUAAUGAUAUGCAUUGAUUAUUUUCUGGCCCUCUUUCCCAUUUUUACCUUGUCUACCAGUUUUCCCAUUGUGGCCAUAACCCUCAAGAACAAUCUACAGGCCCUAUUUCUGGACAUGUCGCAAUUCGACUCCUACAGUCCGUUUGUGCGCAUGUUGUUUCCAUUAUGUGCCAUUGUACCGCCGUUUUGCGUAACUUAUUUCACUGAAAGCCUCUCCAGUUUGGUGGCAUUCACUGGAACCUACGCAGGCACCGGUAUACAAUAUAUAAUCCCAGUCUUCCUGGUUUACUUCUCAAGACGAACUUGUUCUGAAUUGCUGGGAAGCGGCAUAGUUAACCGUUUUCAAAGUCCUUUCAGGUCAAGUGCCUGGCUUGUCUUCGUUUUUGUUUGGUCUAUUUUAUGUGUAUGUUUAGUAACCAUAAAUUUAUUUAGUUAAGGUUUAUUAGCACUGAACAGAUUUCCAGUUUUACAAAGUGAAAAAAUAUUGAAUAUU